AUGGGAAUCGGAGAAGAAAGCACAAAGCCAAUAUGGGGGAGCGUGAGCCACGACGGCGCGCCUUCUUCAGGCUACGCUCUCAACGGUAAAAUCAUGCUCUCCUCCGCUAUCAUCCUCUUCGUCGCCGUUAUUAUGAUCCUCUGUUUCCACACCUACGCUCGAUGGCUCUUCCGUCGUCAGAACCGUCGCAUUCGCCGCCGUAUUCUUGCUCACCUCCGCGCUCUCUCCGCCUCCCCCGGUGACCAAGCUCUCGACCCGGCGGUUCUCGAAAAGAUCCCGAUCUUCGUAUACUCCUCCUCCAACUCCAAGGUAGAGAAGGGGGAGUGCGCCGUCUGCUUAUCGGAGUUCGAGGAAGAAGAAGAAGGGCGUCUCCUCCCUAAAUGUGGCCACUCUUUUCACGUCAGUUGCAUCGACACUUGGUUCCGCUCAAGAUCCACUUGCCCGCUUUGCAGAGCUCACUACAAGAAAACAGGCAAUUUACGACUACGAUUGGCGACUAAACUCGUAGUCGCCAAAUUUAGUGACUAUAUACCGACUGUUUAA